CGCUCUUGCUCGGAUCAGCGCAGGACGCAGGAGAUCGUCGCUCUCCAAGGUGCUGAAAGUCGGAGCGCUCCCUCUUCAGUCUCGCCUAUUGACGAUGAGGGCGACUUCAUCUAAAAACCGUGGACUUCAUCCGACUACAACCCUGGUUUUGGCUUAACAUCUUUUUAUUUUGAUUUUUUCCCUCUCUCUCUCUCUCUUUUUUUUUUUUUUUAACUUGGAUCUCUUAUUUCCCAUUCAUAUGCUGGAUGUAUAUACUGACUGCUGCUGCUUUCUAAUAUCCACCUGCAUCGUUGGGAAAUACUGAUGAAUGAAUGGACUCCGGAUGCUCAGGGAAACGCCACGGAGGAUUUUCUAAUCUAAAUUCUGGUUUUUUGUUUUUUUUUUUCUUCUUCACUGUGUAUGUAUGUGUGUGUGUGUGUCUGUUUUCCUGCCGCAUGUCUUUGGACGUAAACUGUGAUAUUGCUUCGAAAAGGUGAGUCCGGGGAGGAUGAUCAUGAAUCAGACCUACUUUUACGUGGAUAUCAGUACCUUAACAUUGGAAAGGGGGGACCAUAUCUCCCAAAAGGCUGGUGCUUAAUUGCUCUUAAACCCCAUCAUCACGACCGAGUGGGAGGAUUAUAGUAUCUUGUGGAUCCUGGUGAAUUUUUUACCCUGUGGAUAAAGUGAAGUUUCCGAUAGGCUAUAGACGACUGCCUUUUAAUCCGCUCUAGCCCUCUAUGUAUUGGGCUUUGUGGCUUCAGAUUAAGUGGAUAUCAAGCAAUUCCAGCUCGCCCAUCUUCACAAGUGAUGCUGAUGAUAAUGAAGUGCAGAACAGAUCCGGAGAGGAUACCGGGAGCCUAGGGGAUGACAUCCACACAAUCUGGUUGAACGUGGAUAUCGACGUCGAAGGCGAAGGAUGGGCCCUCCCCUGUCGUCCGCCUUCGUGCUCCUGCUGGCCCUGAACGCAGCGUCUCCGGCCUCGGUGGGUAACCCCGAGGAUUACGCGGCGGACGAGGCGGAGCGGACCGCCGGUGAAAACAUCGUCUUUGAUGACUACCGGGGGAAAGGAUGCGUGGAUGACAGUGGUUUCGUCUAUAAACUCGGGGAGCGCUUCUACCCGGGACACUCGAACUGUCCGUGCGUGUGCACAGAGGACGGGCCCGUGUGCGACCAACCCGAGUGCCCCAAACUGCACCCCAAGUGCACCAAAGUGGAACACAAUGGGUGCUGCCCCGAGUGCAAGGAGGUUAAAAACUUUUGCGAGUACCGGGGGAAAACCUAUAAAAUUCUGGAAGAAUUCAAGCCGUCACCCUGUGAAUGGUGCCGCUGCGAACCAAAUAAUGAGGUGCACUGUGUGGUGUCUGACUGCGCCGUCCCGGAGUGUGUCAACCCUGUGUAUGAGCCGGAGCAAUGCUGCCCCAUCUGUAAAAACGGUCCAAAUUGCUUUGCUGGAACAACGAUCAUCCCAGCCGGAAUUGAAGUAAAGGUGGACGACUGCACCAUCUGCCGUUGCCACAACGGAGACUGGUGGAAGCCGGCACAGUGCUUGCGGCGGGAGUGCCUCAACGGCCAGUCGUUGUCAUAGAGAGACUCCACCGAGGAUAGUGGAAAAGCUCAGGCAAGGCCCUGCCUACUGCACCAUUUUGUAUGAUUGACAGGGCAGGAGCACAAUUCCUAAGCAACCUGAGACAGUAUAGUUUCAGAGAGAUGCUCUCACAAGCUUCACAAAUACAAAUUUAGCCACUGAGAAGAUGGAACUUGUCUCAAGGCUCUUUCCACCCUCCAGUUUUAAUCAUCCUAUAUAUUUUCUGAAACUGACUUGCUUGACUUGCUGCUCUCACACAAAAAGUUUCUUAUCUCCUCAGACUCUCCUAAACAUCGGCAAUGAUAAAUUGCUCGUGUUGAUUUCUGUAUGUGUCAUCUGCUUGUUGUACUUGUCAUUCACUCUCACAGGUGUUGUAAAUUCCAACAGCAGGAAAACAAACCGUAAGCACACUUAACAGCGCUUUUUUUUUGUGUUAUAUAAAAAUAUUGCUGAGAGCACUGCAAAGGUGUGCUUGAGAUUCACAACUAAGAGCUUGUUUACAAGAUGCACAUCACAUAAAUGUUUGUGUCUUCUAAAGACUUUUUAUCACUAUGGCAGGAAUUCACCUCUAACACUUAUGAUGCGACUGUCAAUUUUAUAAACUGAUAUGAAAGUUCGAAAUUUUAUUGCUUGACAUAC